AUGGCUUCAAUAAAUGUUCGCGAUCAAAAGAUCGAACAGCAACGUCAAUUGAUGGAGCAAAAAAUGAAGCAGAAAAGGCAGAAUUCAGGAAUGGUCCAAGCCAACGAUCUGCGGGUCGGUUCAGCUAAACGUCCGAUAUCUGGUAGUCGCUCCAGAGAACUCCAUGGCUAUGAUGGUCCGAUGCAAUUUCUUAUGUCGCCAGUCAACCCAGACCAAGUUAUUCCGCUUCAAACAAAUAGAAUGUCAACGUAUGACGAACUAGGCAACCAAAUAGAGGUGCUGACGGUAGGCGACGGCUCCGGUAGCGGAGAGGAGGAAGAGGAGAGCGUGCCCGUUUGUAGCGUUGGCCGCGACGCGAGCGCCGAUGACGUAUGUGCCGACGCGGCCGUCGCUCCCCUUCAGCCGAGGGGCGCUGUGCGCAGGGACCUGUCUCCGAGCCAGACAGCAGAGAUCGAGGGUUCCGUAGAAGGAGCAGUGGAGAUGUUCGUAGUGACCCCUGCUAAGCACGGCACCCUGUAUAAGUGCCGGAUAGCACGCGACCGCAAGGGAAUGGAUAGGGGGCUGUAUCCUACCUACUUUCUGCACCUGGAGAAGGAUUACGGAAAGAAAGUUUUCUUACUGGCUGCUCGCAAGCGCAAGAAGUCAGCCACCUCCAACUACCUGAUCUCAACUGACCCUACGGAACUGACGCGUACCGCUGACAGUUUCGCUGGAAAACUCCGCUCCAAUCUCCUGGGGACUGCCUUCACGGUGUAUGAUAACGGCAAGGCUUGGAGAAAGCACGACCACGCAAGAACCAGACACGAGCUAGCAGCAGUAGUUUAUGACACAAACGUCUUAGGCUUCAAAGGACCUCGCAAAAUGACGGUAAUCCUGCCGGGCAUGACACCAGACCGGCAACGCGUCACCAUCGCACCCCAAGACGACAGCGAAACGCUCCUUGAAAGAUUGAAAGCCCAAAACCUGGACGACAUAGUAGUACUACACAACAAAACGCCAGUAUGGAACGACGAGACCCAGUCGUACGUGCUAAACUUCCACGGUAGAGUGACUCAAGCCAGUGUGAAAAAUUUCCAAAUAGUGCACGAUUCGGAACCGGACUAUGUGGUGAUGCAGUUUGGCAGGAUAUCCGAGGAUGUCUUCACGAUGGACUUCAGGUAUCCGCUGUGUGCAUUGCAAGCGUUUGGCAUCGCUCUCAGCUCGUUUGACAGCAAACUUGCUUGCGAGUAAGUUUAGUGUUUUAAUAUGGUUAACUGGUUUGAAAUGUUGGAGAGAUACUAUUGAGAUUUAUUUCAGCUAAUCUCAACGUCACAAAUGAUUUUAUUCACUUUUACCUUUAUCAAGUAAGUUCUAUUUAUUUAUUUAUUUAAAGACUAUUGCACACACAACAAUGUUCUGUACAAAAAGGCGAGCUUAAUGCCAUAUUUACAUUCUAUGUAUAUUUACAGUCACAAUUACUAACGGACAAUUUCAAAACAGUUAACUGUAUUUACUCUGACGAAUUUAUGUAUAGUUUAGUUAUGGGUACGUCAUGGGUAGAAAUUAAAAGAUAUCUACUGUAAAUUCCCAGCAUUUGCUUAUGUAUUUAAGGGUUUAUCGUUUGAAUACAUAAUCCACAGAGAAGAGAGCUGAUCAGAAAAACUUCUAAUUUCUGCCCAUGAUAAAUUAUUAUCAAAUAUUAGAUAGCAAUGUGUUAAUAAACAAAUGCGCACAUUUUAGUUUGGUGCUUGUCGUGACGUAGGUUGUGUUAGCGUUUUGACUUUUAUCGAUUGUAUUCAUAAGUCUCAUUUUGUUUCUCAUUGAGGCUUGUACAAAUGUACAGCCAAAUGGACCGUUUUAUGAAGAUGAUUGUAGGCAAAUAAUCCAUGUAAUAACAUAAACUGCUGGAGUAAUAUUAUUUAUAUUUUUAAAAUGAUAUCCCAGUGUCUGAAAACUUGUUUCUCAGUAUUCGUAUAUCAACUAAAGUCUGGUCGCGGAGCACGUAGAAUUUUGUCCA